AUGCUUGCCGUUCGGCAAGGUGAAAUCAAAAGGGGCCCGGUACUUGGCAUGAGCGGGUCUUCGGCAGGGUUUAGUGGCCAUAGCUUGGGCCUUGAGGUUUGGCUAGGGAAGUGCGCUAGGACUUUUACUCCUUCGGGCACAAAAGAAGAAAGAGGGGGCUCGCAAGAGAGAGCUAGGACUUUCGAAGUCACUGGCAACAGGGGACAGCGGGUUUCAGCGUCUGUGGAGUGUGAAGGUGGAGAGGGGGUCGAGACAGAUGCCCAGGGAGGAAGGAGUAGCGCCGGCGGGGGAAGUGCGCGGGACCAAGGGAGGGUGAUCUGUCUUGGCAAGGUAUGGGGCUGA